AUGCCCGAUUGCGAUCCUGAUACUGAUAAGGACAAUGAUGUUGACAAAUCUCCGACAUUUUGCGAUCUUUUGGAUUUCGAUUUGCAGCGAAAGUCCCCGGGCUCGAAUGCACAUUCAGUCGUCACAUUGUUGGGGGAUUCUACAAACUCUACAGCAAGUGACAAAUUUGACCCAAUGGAGACGAAUGUGGAUGACUCCAUACCAACAGAGGUCGGUUCUCUGCAUGAUCUCGGCGUAGUGGGCGGUUAUUCAUUCUGGCUCGAAGAAGCCUACACCAACCUGUACUUCUCAAUCACGCACUUCAUGUGGCCAUUACUUGAUUGCAACGCUUGGGGUUCCUGGCGCCAUGACUGGAGCCUAAAUGAGAAGCCGGAACCAUGGAAAGGAUUUUUUGUGAAGAUGGUGCAUGCCAUUGGUUCCUUGUCAUACAACGUUCUUCAGCCUGGUCAGAACCAUUCAAAGCAUGCGGCAGAGAUGUAUUCCUCCGCAUUGUCGUAUUAUCCUUACGUUAUGGCAGAAGCGUCCGCUAUCCUUCAGAUACAAGCGUCAAUUCUCAUGGUUAUCUAUUCUCUUCAUUGCCCUUCUUCAGGAGAAAUCUCUAUGUCAGUUUCUUCCAUCGUCCCCUUCUGUUCAGCUACGUUGGCCGAGAUACAGAAACGCAUUUCUUCUGGUCUGGAUAGCACCCUGGGAGAUACGAUGGGAAGGGAUGCCAAUCUUAAUGAGUUGAUGUUUAUCACUUGUUAUAUGUUGAAUGAAAUCAUAGUGUCUGGCUGGGAACGACCGGUUUCUGCGGCCUAUAGGAUUGUUGAUGACGAUAUUCAUAUGUUCAGCAAUGAGAUAUCGAAUGUCUCAAGCACGAGCACAGCGUUGCAACACUUGUUUAGAUUGCGAAAGAUCCAAGCCAAUAUCCGAAGAUCCUGGGAUGAGCCAACUGAUAUCCAAAACUCGAAUGACAGAUCGUUCAAGCUAGCAUUGGAUGAUUGGAGGAAAGAUAUACCUCAAUACUCAGUGGAAGAAGCGCAGAGAACCCAUCUCGAUCCUCUAUGGAUGACAAAACUAUAUGACUACAGUGUUAUCAUCCUUAUGCAAGGAAAGCGGAAAUGCCUCAUGCGCGAAGACCUUGAUGAUAUUCUUUCGGCUGGAGUCGAGGCAUGCCUUAACUAUAGACGUCUGCAGGAAGAAGGUCAAGUGAUGUGCUUUACAUGGUCUGCGGUGCGUCUACGCUGGCAAGUUAUCGUCUUCGGAGAGUUCUUACUAACGUAUCUGCCAUAG